GCCAUAGCCUGCCUUGGAAUGUAGUCCAAUUGACUGGUACCAUCAUUUAUUACGGCUUCUGAUUCAAUUUCUCGCAACUGCUGCGUUGCUUUCCACCGGAAUUCAAGUUGCAUCUCACAGGCCCUAUAUCAUUUUCAACUUUGCCCACGGUGGCGCCGGAUCAUCAGUAAACCGGUGAGACUUUGCAGUUUGCAGUCCUCGACACAUCGCAUUAUAGUGCAUGGCGUCUCUUACUAUCUCUGGUGACUAUCGCUGCAGCUUUGGCUGUGUAGCAUCGUGCAUGCCUCUAUCGAAUAUGGUACUUCAAUGAGUAAUGCUUGCAGGUUUAUUGGGGCUCCAUUCAGGACUUGCGAGUAGGCGCUUCUACAAGGCACAUCUGAGUAUUAUGUCUUCCCUACUAUCGGUGUCAGACCUAACGGAGUUGCAGACUGUCAAGUACGCCAAUUUGGGUGGUCUUGCAAUCCUCGUGUUUGAUUAUUGCCUCACUUUUUCUGAAGAGGUGCAAUGGACUUGGCUUAGACCAUGGGAUGUAACUCGUGUCAUAUUCGUCAUCUCCCGAUAUUUGCCUUUCGCGGGUGUUGGAAUGACUGCAUAUGACGCACUACGUGUCAGCGAUCAGUGUACAUCUAUUGUGGAAGGAUAUAUCAUUCGCGUUAUAAGUAUCAUUGCUGCGGAAGUCUUGCUAGUUAUUCGGACCUGGGCAUUCUGGCAAAGGAGUAAAAAAUUGCUGAUCGGGUUAGUUGUUUAUAUUGUGUUGUCAAUCAUUGCAGUCAUUGCCAUAGACUUGACUCCUACAUUGUUGAUUCCAGGAGAGGAGCCCCCCCUAGGAACCUGUUACUUCGAGAGCAGACGCAACGUUGCGAUCGUGUACUUAGUCUUGGCGAUAUUUGAAAGUGUGAUGCUGAUCCUCAAUGUAUAUAAGAGGGUUCACGACUAUAAAAACUUUCAGAGCGGAAUUGUAGUAACCCUAUACCACGGUGGCAUGUUCUACAUGUUGUGCAUCCUCGCCGUCACACUCGCUAAUGUUAUCUUUGAGGGUGCACUUCCAAGCGCCUAUAGCAAUAUGUUUGACUCGCUACAGCUGGUCGUUCACAGCGUCCUGGCAUCACGGAUUCUAUUCCGUCUUCGGGAUAGCAAUGAACGUGUCUACGUACCGUCCAUGACAUUAGACACUCAGCUAAACUAUUUACGACCUUCGUCGAUGUCGAUGAGUGGGAUGGGUACUACCAGCGAAGUUCGAGGGAAUGUAGCCUAGUAGGUGUACUAGUAUAAGGUGUCAUCGGCCUCUGAGCUUAUACUCUUAUCCAAUAUAUAACUCAAUUGUGAUAUUAUG